AUGCUUUCCCUUCUUGUUGUCUUGCUGGGGCUUCUUUUGGGAUUUCAACUUUGGAAAAAGCUGUGGGGAAACCACGCAAGUCUCCAACCUGGCCCCAAACCACUGCCCAUUAUUGGCAAUUUGAAAGAUCUACCUCCAAGCGAUGCACCCGAGUAUCAGCAUUGGCUCAAGUUCAAGGACCUUUACGGCCCUGUGAGCUCCGUAACGUUGCUUGGCCAGCCAAUCAUUCUUCUUCACGACCGUGACGCAAUUCGCGAUCUCUUGGUGCGAUCGGCAAAGAUCACCUCGUCUCGACCUUCGUUUGCAUUUGCCGACAUGUGCGGGUUUGGAGCGCUGCUAAACCUUCUGCCAUACAAUUCCACAUACCGCCUACACCGCCAGAUGAUCUCCAAGCGUUUUGGUACCAAGACGGUAGCAGAGCGUUUCAAGGACGCUGAAUCCAUAGAGUCGCACCGGUUCCUUUUGAAAGCGCUGGAUGACCCUGCCAAUUUGCUGGAGCAUGUUAAGUCUGAGGCGAGCGCCGUCAUUCUGCGCAUCACAUAUGGCUAUGCUAUAGCCCCACAAGGCUCUGACCCACUGGUCUCUUUGAUUGAGGAAACAAUGGACGCAUUUGGCCUCGCAUCUGACCUUCUGGCUUGGCCGGUCAAUGCUCUUCCGUUCCUCAAGCAUAUACCCGAAGGGCUUCCAGGCACGUCCUUCAAGAAGACGGCCCGGGAAUGGGGCCAGCUAGUGUACAAGACGCUCAACGUGCCCUACAAUUUUGUUAGACAGGAAAUGGCCAAGGGAACCCACAUUCCGUCAUACGUCUCGUCGCUCAUCGAGCAAGACAAGGAAGGCGAUGGUGAAGCAGUGGCAUUGGACGCAACCAAAGAAGACGUCAUCAAGAAGACUGCCGCUGUCAUGUAUGGCGGCGGAUCCGAUACCACUGUUGCCUCGAUUCAUGCAUUCAUUCUCGCCAUGAUACUAUUCCCAGACGUCCAGAAAAAGGCGCAAAAGGAAAUCGAUACUGUCAUUGGUAGCGAAAGACUGCCUCAGUUUGAAGACCGAGAUCGGCUGCCGUACGUCAACGCUGUAGUCAACGAAGUCUUUCGGUGGCAUCCUGUUGCACCACUAGCGGUGCCGCACAAGGUUGACGAAGAGACGAGCUACAAAGGUUAUCGGAUUCCAAAAGGAGCGUACAUUAUCGGGUCGGUCUGGUGGCUCUUGCAUGACCCCAAGGUCUAUUCAGACCCCUCUUCUUUUGACCCUGACCGGUUUCUGGAGCCUCGCAACGAGCCGGACCCCACUGACGCAAACUUUGGAUUCGGGCGUAGGACUUGCCCCGGUCGAUAUGUGGCCGACCAAACUCUUUUCAUUACUGUUGCUCGUGUACUGGCGGCGUUUGACCUUGGAAAGGCUGUUGACAAGGCUGGCAAAGAGAUUGAGCCGCAGAGAGUGGGCAGUCCUGGGCUGAUCAUGCGGGUGCACGACUUUCCAUUUGACAUCAAGCCCAGAAGCGAGCAGUAUGUGCGCCUCAUCCGGUCGUUUGAAACGGAGCACCCGCAGGAAUACCAUACAAUAGAGGGACUGGGUGAUGUAUAA